GCCCGUUAAGCGAAAGUUUUUUAUAUUCUACCAAGGACUAUUUUGAACCAUUUGACUAUUAUCUUUGUAAGCAAUUCUAAAGCGCUAAAAAUUAAAUAAGAAGGUCAUCAGCUAUAAGCGUAUUUAGCUACGAGAAAUGAUUUUUUGGAUAAUACCAAUUUUGUGGGUGACUGCGUAUGUGUAUUUUUAUAUCAAAGCCAAGUGUGAUGAUCCAGCAAUGACUAGGGUUAUGAUUGUCUUAGGAUCUGGUAAUGUUUAUUUCAUACUUUAUGUUAGGUGGACACACUGCUGAAAUGCUCUCAUAUACUUCUGUAUUGACUUGUAAAUUUCAACCACGUUUGUAUGUUAUCGCGACGACUGAUUCUAUGAGUGAACAAAAGGUUUUGGAUUUAGGGGACAAGUGUGAUAUUAAAUUCAGCAUAAAGCGCAUACCAAGGGCUCGAGAAGUAAAACAGUCAUACGCUAGCAGCAUCUUCAGUACCUUAGUGUCUUGUCUAUCUGCGUUCCCCAUCGUCACAAUUUUUAGGGCGAAAUUGACCUCUAGGAACAAAUUUUUUAGCCAACUCAGUCAAGUAGAUCACAAAAGUGAGUUGGGCCGCUAAUUUAAGCUAACUGCUGUGAUUAAAUAGGUACUAGUUGAUUAAAUAAAAGUCAUCAUUCGUAAUCUGGACCAAAUUAAACUUCCACACGACUAUGACUUACAAACUGUAGUUGCUCAGUGCGAUCAAUUGUCCUUAUUAUGACAAUACAUGGAUAGUUACUGCAUAGAUCAACAAAAAAGUAUGUGACUAAAUUGUAUUUUUUCUACGGGACACUUCAGUUCCUGAUGAUAUUUUUUAUUUAUUUAUUCAUUUUGAGAUUUAAAAACUGUUAUAAUCCUUGUAAACUUAAUAUAUUUAAGCACAUAUAUCCUUUUCAAACUGGUACUUCCCGUUGUAUAUGCUUUUAUUGUUCAUAAGAUUGUUAUCAACUCAUUUAUGUACUCAAUCCUUAGUACAAUCUGCAUUUCACGUAGAUUUUGUGUAAUGGUCCUGGGACAUGUAUCCCCAUAUGCUUCGUGGCUAUUUUACUCCACGUACUAAAAAUCCAUUCAACUCUUAUAAUUUUUGUUGAAAGUAUUUGUCGUACCAAAACUUUAUCAUUAUCUGGGAAAAUUUUAUACUAUACUCGUUUAGUAGAUGUAAUUGUUCAGUGGCCAGAAUUGAAGACAAAAUAUCCAAGAUCAAUUUACUUAGGACUUUUAUCGUAAACUACUGCAUCCAAACAUCCUUGUUAUAUGACUUGCAUCCAGAGCACUUUUCUUUUUAUAUUUAUAAUAUGUGUUUUUUGUUCUAUACGAUCAUCGUUUGAGAUUCGAAAUACAUUUUACAUUUGGUUAAAAUAAUUAUCACUGUUAGAUCAAAAACGGGGAAUGAUUGUACACCUAUAAACGAACUAUUUUAUUUCAGAAACGAUAAUUAAAGUUUU